GGUUCGUGUGCCCGCGCGCGUUCCAUUCGCUAAUUCGCCGGCAAACUGGUCGGACGCGUUUUUUUGUCGAUCUGCCCUGUCUGUCUCUGUCGUGUGCGUUUGUGUGUUUUCUUCACGUGUGGUUUUUUUUUUGCGAUCGGGAUAUAGACUGGACACCACAUUGGCGGCCCUCCGCUAGCAACCGCCGUGUUGCGUUACGUCACUUGUCAGUGCAGUGUUUGAAGCGUUUUUUUCGUGCGUGAAGUGAGCUCAAAACUAGUGAAAAGGAAACUUCGAAAAAGUGACAAAUCAUUUCAAUUUUAUCCCGCAAGGAACCAGCGAAAACAACAGUCUGUUUUAAAAAGUGUUGAUAUUUUACUGUGCCCAGUUCUUAAGUCUAUAGGAGGCUGGUCGACCGACCAAGCUGGGCUGGCUGAGCCGCGAAAUGAAAACAAGUUUCGUUUUAUAAUUCGAUAGUUCUGAAUGUUCGCGACCUGAUGGGUACUGGUGGAUGAUGCGUGGUGAGCUAUAUUUUUAGUCGCGGAUCACCCACGCACCCCCAAGCGCGUCGUCGUUCGUCGUCGUGAAGAAGCCCAACCGCGGAACAGACGACUGACUGCUGCUGCUGGUUUGUGUAAAAGAGUGUGUCAUUUUCGCGAUUCGAUUUCACUGUGCGUGACCGACCGAUCGACCGUUGCGUUGGAUUGCCCAUAUUUUAACGGGGGUGUCGAAAGGUAAUUGCAUCUGGAGCAGCUAGUACUAGCAUGUGUCUGUCUGUUUGUGGGGUGGUUUGUGGUUCCUGGGAACAACACCAUCAUUCGUCGUCGGAGGUCGUGUCGUAGUGUGCCAAAAGACAAUUAGAUGAGCUCGUCGUUUGUGUGUUCGGUGCGGAACUGGGGCGGCUCAGGCGGGGGCGUCGUGUUCGGCGGUUAGAGAGAUAGGUUAGAAUUUACUUUGUCGCGCACGAGCGACGAGAGUGGCCGGACCGGCGAGGAUGUGGAUGGCGUGAAAAAUCGAAUCGAAGAAGCUGAUUAAAACGAAGAGAUUAGAGGUGUCAGCUCCGCGAGGAGCUAAAUUGGAUGUGUUGUGGUUGUGAUGAUUUUUGUUGUUGCUGCUGCUGCUCGCUCCAUUCUAGUUGAAAUGUAGAACGAGAAAGAGAGUGAAUCAGUGAGAGAGGGGGAGGUACAAGGUGUUAAAAGAGGUGAAGUGAACGACAGAAAAUAACAACGGAGUUUGUACCGAAGCUGCAGAAAAAAACGUGAUUUUGGCGAAACGGUCCUUAUACCCAUACACACACACUCGUGGAUUUUGUUUUAAACGAUCGUGCUUUGGAUGGUGAUUCGAAGAAUUCGUUCGAGGUGAACUGAUUAGAACGGGCGGGCGAGAAAUUGCGAGAAGGCCCCCACGAGAUUGAACGAAGAUGCUGUGUCAGCAGUAGUGAGCAGCUUAAGCGCCACUAGCGGUCGAUUACGAAAGCGCCAAAUGUAAACAUAGCGCUACGACCAGUUCGGCUGUAAAAUGGGUUAACCAAGUGUGUGUGUGUAUGGUUAUGGUGCCGAUUACGAAACAACCCAAUUGGGCCUAUUUAGAAAGAGACAGGUAAACACACUUGAUUAGAACGAGAGUGAAAUUUUAGGUUAUAGUGGCUGGCGGCGGGUUGGCGAAAAAAGGGACCGCCAUCUUUGUUGUUGUUGUUGUUAUUGUGUUCGUUUGUUGUUCUCGGAAUGUGCUGACGGUGACGAGAAACUAGUGAAAGGAUCAUCACGUGACGGUUGGUAAUUAGUGUAGUUCCCGUUUCAUUUUCGGUAUUUCUGGCUGCUGUGGCGUCAAUUGUUCGGAAUGCCGAUGCGAACAGUUUGCAAGUGAGAGCGAGUAGCGACUGAAGAAAGUGCUAGAGGAGCAGCAGUCCGAGAUAGCGGAAGGCAGGGGAUCUGCGGAGAAAAAAGAAUGUUUCACAACGGAGCAGCCGCCGCCAUCUGGUGGACCUGGACCUGGACCUGUUGCUGGGUGCUGCUCGGUAUCCUGGUACAUCGGACGGUCGGGCUGGACCCGAAGUUUGAUCCGUCGACCCGGAUGCGGCUGGUUCUGGUCCCAGCGGAUGCCACUGUCGGAUCCAUCAUCUACCGGUUGCGGGCCACCGAUGAAGAGUUCGAGUACCCGUUGCAGUUCGAGUUGGUCGGUGACGCAUCCUCGUCAACGGUCCAAAUCGAGACGCUACCGUGCACAAAGUUCAACUCGAUCUGUCAGGCUAACGUGAUUCUGACGAGGCGGUUGGAACCGGGUCGGUACUACGACUUUCAGGUUUCCGUCAAGGACACCAAGGGUGGCAUGUCGGUGCAGAGCUGUUCCAUUACGGCCACCAAUUUCAGCACGCCGCAUGAUGUGAUAUUUCCGCACAAAACUGGCAUCAUCAUGGUACCGGAGGAUGCCAAAAAGGGAACGGAACUGGAUUACGUGCUGGCCAACAGGAAUCCUCUGCAGCAGAAGCCAGUUUAUCUGGAGCUUUGGGGUUCACCACUGUUCGCCAUUCGACAGAAAAUCGUCUCCCCGGAGAUGACCGAGGGAACCAUCUUCCUGCUGGGGCCACUGGACUUUGAACGUCAGGCGAUGUAUCACCUCACCGUACUGGCCAAUGACGCCUACGCGGAACCAGGUCAGGACUCGCGCAACAUCGCCGGACUGGAGGUGGUCAUCAUCGUGGAGGAUGUGCAGGAUGUUCCGCCAGUGUUCACGGUGGCGCCACCCGUCACCCGACUGCCGCCGGGAUUAAUCCCCGGCGAUAAGGUCCUCCAAGUUCACGCCGAGGAUGGCGACAAGGGCGUACCGAGGGAGAUCCGCUACGGACUAGUUUCCGAGGGAAACCCAUUCACGUCGUUCUUCGAAAUCAAUGAAACUAGUGGCGAAGUCUCCCUCCUUCGCCCGCUGGACGACAUUCUGGCACUCACGCACGUCGGCGACCCGGUCCUGCUGACCGUAAUUGCCGAAGAGGUCAAGGUCGCCCGCGAUGAACCUCCGGCCAUGGCAACGACCGUACAGCUGGCGUUUUUCCUGCCCGAAAGAAGCAAUUCACCGCCAUACUUUGAAAAUGACCACUACGUCACCCGGUUGGAGGAGAAUGCCGCCCCCGGAAUGACACUGUCCUUCACCGAUCCCUAUACACCACGCGUGAUGGACGACGACGCGGGGAAGAACGGAGUUUUCUCACUAACCCUGAUUGGCAACAACGGAACCUUCGAAAUAUCACCGAACGUGGCCGAAGGACACGCCAAUUUUGUGAUACGCGUCCGGGAUAACUCGCUGCUGGACUAUGAAGCCGUUGAGUAUGUUCACUUCCAGAUCCUCGCCCAGGAGCUAGGUCCAGCGACGAACCUGUCCACCUCGGUGAACGUAACUGUCUAUCUCUCGGACACCAACGAUAAUCCACCGGUGUUCGAGCAGAGCGAUUACAUCGUGGACCUCCCGGAGAACAUGACCGCUGGGACCCGGGUGGUGCAGGUACAUGCCACCGACGUCGAUACCGGUUUGGGUGGUAAAAUCCGCUAUACUCACAUUCUGGGACCGCAAAACACCUCACUCAAUCUGGAUCCAAUUUCGGGAGUCAUUACCGUAGCCACCAACAACCACGGUUUCGAUCGGGAAGCUAUGCCCGAGUACCACCUCUACGUGGAAGCUCGCGAUGACGAUGGGAUCGGUAACCGAGCGCAGGUUCUGCUCAUCAUUCGUCUGAUAGACGUCAACGAUGAAACGCCGAUCUUCGAGAAAAGUUUGUACGAGUUCAUUCUCUCGCCGAGUCUGCGAAACUUUACCGUGCCAGCGUAUAUCAAAGCGAUCGACGGGGAUGCCGAGGCACCCAACAACGAAGUCCGCUACGAACUGAUCUACGGUAACUACGAAAACAAAUUUGAACUCCACCCGAUCACGGGUGAGCUCAAGCUCACCUCAGCUCUGAUCCGGAGAAGUAAAAACACUCGCCAGAAACGUCAAGCUAGUCAGCAUUCUAUCGCCACUGCCACGGCCACCAACACCGGAACUGGAACCGGAUCCGGAACCGAAUCGGACAUGUUUGUCUUGACGGCCAGGGCCUUUGAUCUGGGUGUUCCGGUUCGAUUUUCCACCACCACUAUCCGGGUGUACCCACCGGAGAGUCGAACGCGAACGAUGACUUUCAUCGUACCGGGACACGACCCGGACCGGGCACGGGUUCAGGAAACGCUGGCCGAUGUAACCGGUGGUCGGGUCAUCAUACAGGAGAUUCGACCGUACAGUGGGACGGUUCCCGGUGCCACCGAUAUCGGUGGGAAUAGUAAGGAUCGUAGUGUGGUUUUGGCCACCAUUCUAUACGAUGGUGAUUCCGUGGUCGAUAUCGGCCGGAUUCAGCAGAGACUGUCCGCGAACGGUACCGUGACCAGUAGUCUCAGCCAGGACGAGCGGAGUGCGAUCCUCUACAAAGCGGAAAACCGAGUGCUAUUCUGGUUGUUAAUCUUCCUAGCCAUACUACUAGCGCUGGGCAUACUGACGCUGUUGCUGUGCUGCAUCUGUCCCUGGUGUCCGCUGUAUGCCGCCACGAGAAAAAGAGUAAUUAGAGUCAAUAGUAUCGAAGAUGAUGUUCAUCUUGUUCAUAGAGAGCAAGUCAUUGGAAAACAGUCAAAAUCUGUUCAGGUCGCGGAAUGGAUGGGACGAAGAGAAGCCUGGUCGGCGGAUAGAUCGACCGAUUCCCGCACCAAGCCGACGCGCUGGGAAUUUAGAGGAAGACGACACGCUAACAAAGCCUCACUAGCAGCAGCAGCGGCGGCGGCGGCGACGACGGUGACGUCGUCACCAUCGGCGGCUGCAGUUACAACAACCGUAGCAACAGGUCGCGACAACCGGGGGCACACAAUUGACGAUGACGAAGAUGGUGGCGGUGGCGGUGGCGUAGGAGGAGAUAGCAGUGGUGGCAUCGGUGGCGGUGGUGGCGUAGCCCGAAUGAUGCCCAUCAGCGACAAGAAGACGAGAAGCGAUGGCGGUGGUAAAACGAAAGAGCAGACUGUUAAGAUUAGAAACGAAUACAAAUCCAAAUCGGCAAAGGAACAGCAUCAACAACAUCACGCAGCUGGUGGUGGUGGUGGCGGCGGUGGAGGUGGAAGCAUCGGCGAUGGUCUGCACCGUUCCCGGAGCAACCUGUUGAACAACGAACAGCGAACGGACAUGUACCUCGAGGAUGUGGACGAUCAGGAUGAUCCGGAGUAUCAAUCGUUGCGGCGGGUUCAUCAGCAGCAUCAUCAUCACAGUCACCUGCAUCAUCACCACCAGACCCAGAUCGAUGACGAUUCGAUGCGACGGCACGAGAUGGACCGGGGGAGUGAUUUGAACUACGAGCGACGGGGUAGCUUUAAGCGACAGGGAGGACUAGGGGGAAACAAUAUGGGGGGUGGACUGGAGGAUGGGAUCGAACCGAGGGAUCAGUAUUACAUUAAGGAUGGGAAUGCGGAGAUUCUCCGCUUGAUUACCAGGGGUAGGAACGAUGAGGAGAAUAUCUACGUUAAUGUUCCACAGCGAGGAGGUGGAGUUGGAGGUGGUCCAGGACAGGCUCAACCGCAGUACAUAAUGGUGGAUAACGGGGGGAAGGAGAUCCUGAUGAGACGAUACAUUGAGGAGCAAGCGAAUGGGAAACAAAUCAUUAGAGAACACUAUCAGCUACUGCCGGGAACCACUUUCAUACAGACGAUCCCGAACGAGGUUCCCGGAGGAGGCUACAGAGGAGAGCACGUUACGGAGGUAAAAGUAGGGCUCGAUCAAAAGACGGACAAAGGAUCUGUUCGGGGCAUCGACGAGGAUGACAUUCAGAUAACGCAUGCCGUUUCGAAUCACUCGCUGAUACAGCAAGAGUUGGAGCAUUCGCUGAAACAGCAGAACGCCUUGCUGCGGCAGAUCCUGCUGGAGAAGGAGAAACUAGAGGAGAAGUACAACCAACAGGAUCAGGCGCUCGAGACACAAAGUUUACCCUGUCCGUCGAUGGCGGCGGUUGCUGCGACGACACAAACCGACUGCGAAACUGCAACGCAAACCGAACCGGUGAAGAUCGAGAGAAGGAGAACCAAGAGCGAAAACGACGACGAUUCGCUGUCGGAGGACGAGUACGAAUACAUCAAGUACAGCCCGCCGGACAGUCCGGAGGGUGUUUACUUGAUCAAGCGUAAGCGGACUCGCAAGAAGACCAAGUACAAAACGGACGGGGAUUCGGGCGAGGGACGAACGGGUCGACGGUUCGUCACCGUGGAGUCGGUGAAGCGAAAGAUUCGAACCCCGAUUCAGGAGGAAGAGGAACCGAAACGGUCACCACCGAAGCAUGCGGAAACCCGAGCGAGCAUACUGAGGCGGAAGCGAAACGAGGAGCGGCUGAAGAAGGAUGUUCUGAUGGAGAUUUCCGACUCGUUGGAAGAUAAGGACACCAAAAAGAAGGAGAAGCGCAAGAAAGUGUACAAGAAGAACGUGAAAUACUAUGAAGAUUCCGACGGAUCGGACAAGGAGGUGAUGGUGCAAAAGUACUUUUCAGCGGAUAGUUUGGACGAGAUAAAUUCGGACGUGGAAGACUACAGCUACUCGGUGACGAAGAGUUCAAAAUCGGUGACGGUUUCACCUCGAACCGGGGUACAGCAGAGAAUAUCCAGGAGGGAUAAUAAGACUACGGAAACGACGACAACGACCCGAAUACGGUUGGCUACUUCCGAGUCGCCCUCCAGACCCCACAAGGGACCAGCACCGAAGCCACCGCGAUUAACUAAAUCCCUUUCGAAAGAAGGUCUGGAAGCGCAGGACGGACGGGACAUCCCAGCCAAGUACAUGGAUUGGUACUACAACCUGGGAAAAGACGAUUCGCUGGAAAAGAAAGGUAAACGAACCGAUCCGGAAAAGAAAUUGGUUAAAAAGAAACUAGCCUCGUCCUCGUCAAGGGAGGACGACCCAAAGUUCAAACCGGAACCGAUGCCACGAACGUCUCCCCCGAAAGACGCACGUCUCCUGAAGGAAGACAUUCAACUGGCCAAACGCGUUCAAUCGCAGUCCUCCGGCGAACCGACCAGUCAUCCUCUGCUGCAGCACUCCGAACAUCGGUUCGAGGCAGAAUACGAUCCCCACUCGCAGGUGCAUGCCCCGCCCGACAAACUACCGCACUACCUGUACCCGGAGACACCACCGAUCGUGAACCGCGACAACAAAGUCCAGAUCAAGAUUGUCGACUCGUCCGCCGCGAGUAAACCUUCUCCGAUCAAAGAACACGAAGUUAAAGAAUCUCGCACUCGUCCGUCGGACCUAGCCGCCACGACGGCGGCGGCGGCGGCGACUGCACCCGGAACAACAACGACCAACACCAAAACCCUGAACGCUUCCACGCUGGAGGACGAUCACGACUCCGGUAUUGCGAUGAACUCGCUGCUGCACAACCGAAGCAAACGGCAUCCGAUCACGGACAAGAAGAGCAUUUUUACCAUCGCGUACGAUGACGUACGCAUCCGGCAGAUUCGCUCGGAGAGUGACACACCGCCCUUUUCCUAACAGCGGCCACGGCAGCAGCCUGCUGGCGGCGAACAGCAGCACAGCAGGCGGCUACGGAAGCAGUACAACAACGCUCAAGCCGAACAGCAGCAGCAGCAGCGACGAACAAAGGGGGGAAAGCUGCCGCUUCCAUACCGCAAUAGCGACUGAUGCGAGCGACGACGUGGAAACUCAGUAGGCGCUGCCUGAUUUUAUUGUUUUUGACAGUUUGUGAAAGAAAGUGCUUCCGCUACGUUGUGACGAAUGUGAAUAUUUAAAUAUUUAGACGAAAUUUAACAGUACAAAGCAACGGAAUUCCCCUUGUCUCGUCGGAGACGGAGCCUUUGGACUCCCGCUCCGUCACCUCCUCCUCCUCCAUCUUCUCCUGCCCUGUACGAAGUAAGUAUAAAAAAAACCAUGUUCUAAAGUUGGAGUAAACGCGAAACUGCCAUAAAUGAUAGAGGUUCACACUUAAGUAUAGCGCCAUUUUUUCCUACACACACAUAUAUAUACGGUAUAAAAAACUACCAGAGGGGUUAGAGUAUCGGAAUUGAAGUAGUUUAACCACUUCGAAAAAAAAAACGACUGGUCUUCUUGUCGGUUAAGACAGCGCCAUUUUCGUUUCCGGCGGUAAAUAGUUCCACCGCCGCCGGCUUUGUGUUAAUCCAAUUAGUGCGCGAGCGCGUGUACGUGCACGUGUUUUUUUCCUAUUGUUCAUCGGCAACAAUUUUCAACUGUGUGUCAUUCCAAUCCAAGCUAAGAUUCCUUACCCGUUAAGACCUGUACAUUUUAAACACACCUGUUGUUUCUGUUCCGCGUUUAAGUUGUGCAUAGUAGAACCCGUAGUCGUGAUUUUAGUACAAGAGGAAUAUUUUCGCCCUAUGAAAGCAGUUAGAGAUAACACGUUGUUUUUCGUCGCGCCACCACUAGUUAUCAAAUAACUAGUCUGUUUUAGUUUAACGUUUCUUUUUUUUCUCUUCUGGUAAGCGCAUACAUUGUUAGGUGAUAUUUUUUGCUUCCAAAACCGAAAUGAACAAUCGAAUGUUUGAGAAGCAAUACUCAAAAGGAUUUUUCUUCCAGCAGCAAGCGAAAAAAAACGCGGUUGCCUAGCAACUGGCACAGUCUCUUGUUUAAGUUUAAUGUUUCGAAGGUUUGUAAAAAUACUGAACUUUCUUCUCUUUUCUGUGUUAUAUGUUUAAUUUAGUCGCUAAUGUUUAGUUUAUAUUGUGGUUGCAAUCGAGGUUGCAAACCAGUUUGUAAAGUUGACUGUAAGUACUAUGAAUAUAGAGAGAAAGAAAAAAAGCAUAACUAGUUUUGUAGGCAGAAUCAGACUCUAUUCCUAGCCUUUGUAUUUAAGCAAUAAUAAUGUAAUGAUAAAUCGAUCGAUCGAUCCGAGAUGGGUUCGGUAGACUAUAGAAGUUUA